AUGGCUACAGCCCAUCUUUAUCCAUCACAUUUAUUCUUAUUUACUUUACCAGAGCAAAUCAUUCAACUAGAAAUGUCCACCCAGCCUCCAACUCAGGCUCCCAUCCCCUCCAAAGCACUCUCGAUAUCCGAUCUCCUCCAGACAACGACCAUCCCAGCUACCCCCGCGACCCAGUUCACCAUAGAACCGGACGACGAAAAAUGUCCCGAACUCGUCUCUGUCGUGCCCUCACACCCCCGUCCCAAUCCUGGGAGCAAUCCUCCCUUGUCCUUAGUGGGGCCCCGAAACGACAGUAGGGAUAGAAUGCGAAAAUAUCUGGAGACGGGACGAGAGUAUCAGCAGCCUCGAUAUUUGCCUCCACAGCAGCUGCAGGCACCACUACAGCGGUAUACAGAGGAAUAUCAGCGAUUUGGGAAUCCGCUUCCCCACCAGCAGUAUCCAGAACAGUAUCGACAGCCUGGGAAUCUGCCCACACAGCAGGUGCAGCCGCAAUUGGAGCAGUAUGCGGAACAGGAUCAGCCGCCGAGGAACAUGCUUCCACAGCAGCAGCAGCCACCAUUACAGACGCAAUUGCAGCGGCGUGCACAGCAGUAUCAGCAGCCUGGAAACCUAACUUAUCCAUCUCAACAACAGCCGCAGCCACAAUAUGACCGGCUAUUGGAACCGCGAUUGCAAUCGCAAGCGCAGUCGCAGUCGCAGUUUCAACCACCGCAAUGGUACGAACCGCAACCCCAGCAUCCGUUAUAUGUCGACAAGCCUCAAUCACGGCAUGAACCCCAAACCAAGCAUUACCAGCAUCAGCAGCCUCUUAAACGACAGCCACCUCGUCAGCAACAGCCGUCGCUUCACCAACAACAGCCUCUUCACCCACAGCUGCCUCCGCAAGAAGCAUAUUACCUGCAAAAGCUGCAGGAGCACGAAACCGAGCUGGACAAAUCAGGUGAGAAACUACAGUUGCUGAAACAAACCGAAAUGUCCCGACAACAAUAUAACCACAAAGAACUGUACCGGGACCAACGACACCAGCAAUAUCGGCUUGAGCAACAACUGCAGCAACAGUCACGGCAACAGGUGCCUCGGCUACAAGAGCCCCAGCUACAACCCCAGCUACAACAGUCCCAAAUGCUAGAAACACCGCUACACCGGCCAUGGGUGCAAACUCAGCGGCAAGAGCCCCAGCAGUACGAGCCACAGAUGCGAGAGACACAGCGGCAAGGGCCACAAGUACCAGAAAUGCGGCUGCCAGAGCCAGUACUACCCAAGCCAGUGCUGUCAGGGCCAGUGCUGCAAAAGCUACCGCCAUCAGUAACACUGCUGCAGGAAUUGCGGCUACGAGAGCUUAUGGUGCGAGAGCCACGGCUGCCAGAGCCUCAGCAACAAGAGCCUCUGCAACAACAGCCACUGCAGCAGCCGCAGCAGCCGCAGCAGCCUUACCCCAAGCAUACGCCAACGCCGCUUAGGUAUGGGUACGGGUACAGUCUCGAGGCCGGUCUGCCAAAGCUUGGGACAAGUGCAGAGCCGGAGGUUCCGGAGAAGGCUUCAAUGGGGCUGAGAUAG